AAAACUGUCAAACUCAAAUCCUAAACAGUCCGACGAACCAAAUGUGGGUGAAGUGAUAUUGUGAUCUGAUUUAUGUCAUGUUUUAUUUCAUUUCAGAUUUUCCCAUGGACGAGUACUAUCAGAAUUGUGGAAACACUUACCGGCUAAUUCAGAAGCCAUGGAAGAUGAUCUCUCCUUACUACUCCAAAAAACAAUACGGCGAAAACGUUACUUGCAAGUGGACAUUUAUUGGAGACACCAAUUGUACGCCAGAAUUUUCGUGCAGAAAGUUCGAGCUGCGUAAACUGGAUGACGACUGCUCGACGGAAUAUGUCAAAGUUUCAGAUGGCUUUGGCGGAGAGCAGAGUUUUUGCGGAAAGCAGACGUUCGAAAAACCAAUCCGUGCCAGUCAAGGAACUCGAGAUUUGUUUGUCGAAUUUAAAAGUGCAGAAGAUGCCAAAUUCCCAGAAAAAACUGCAGGAUUCUUUUGUGAAGCUAAAUGCUCCAAGAAUAUUGGCAAUACUCAAGAAAUCCCAGUAGUCAAACACAAGAAGGAAGAUUCUCGCUGCGUUUGCGGAAUACAAAAUAAGGACGAUCGUAUUGUCGGUGGGGAAGACGCCAAAAUGAACGAAUUCCCGUGGCAAACUGCCAUCAUUUUGGCUGGUACACGAUCACCAAUGUGCGGUGGAAGUGUAAUCAACGACAGGUUUAUACUGACGGCUGCCCAUUGUUUUGCACUACAACCAAAGAAAGUGAAAGCAGAAGCGAUCGAAGUACUCAUCCAUGCUUGGCUGUUAGAUCAGACGCUUAAAGGCAACUGGGCCGAUAAGCCACUUGGAGAGCUCGGGUCAAUUCAAAGCUCAGGAUAUAACUUGACAAAAGUUACAGAUGAACAAGAACAUAGCCAACGGUUUAAAGUAGCAGAAAUCAUUAAUCAUCCACUUUUCACUUCAAAGUACGAUUACGAUGUAAGUUUACUCCGACUUGAAAAGAAAAUUGACCUCAGCGCAGCAGACGCCCCAACCCCCAUUUGCUUGCCUGGACCAGGACAAUAUGAGCAAACUUUUGAAGCUGAAACCCCAACAGUGAUUGGGUGGGGCAUGGCUGCUGACAAUGCUGGUGGAACGACCCGUGUCCUCCAGAAACUGAAAGUGCCUGUCAUCAACUUGAAAGUGUGUCAAUCUUGGAUGUCGUCCGUCCUAACUCAGAGGAUGUUGUGUGCUGGAUAUGAAAAUGGAGAAAAAGAUGCUUGCAUGGGGGACUCUGGGGGUCCACUGGGUUACCAACAACCAAACAAACAGUGGAAGCAGAUUGGCGUCGUUUCAUGGGGGGAAGGCUGCGCGAGGAAACAUCGUCCCGGAUAUUACAGCAGAUUAACAGAAUUAAUUCAGUGGGUCAAUCACCAUACAUUGGACAACAGUGCGACAUGGUGCAAAGAUACAAAGGCAUAAAUUUCAAUUUACUUUAGACAAGUCUAAAAAAAUACUGAAACUGUUUAUUAAACAACGAUUCGUAAUAAAAUCAAAGGAAACUAAAA